AUUACAUGGGGGAAGCAGCAGUAACCGGCUGAGCUAGACACCGUUCCAGUACCUAAGAUGGCUCAGACAAACCCUCUGCCCGUCCCCAUGGGCCCAUGGAAGAUCACUGUGUACGACCAAGAGAACUUCCAGGGCAAGAGGAUGGAGUUCACCUCGGCCUGUCCCAACAUCAUGGAAUGCGGCUUUGACAACAUCCGCUCCAUGAAGGUGGAGUGCGGCGCCUGGGUGGGGUACGAGCACACCGGGUUCUGCGGGCAGCAGUUCAUCCUGGAGAGGGGGGAGUACCCGCGCUGGGACGCCUGGAGCGGCAGCAACGCCUACCACAUCGAGCGGCUCAUGUCCUUCCGCCCCGUCUGCUCCGCUAACCACAAGGAAUCCAGGAUCACCAUCUUCGAGAAGGACAACUUCAUGGGGCGCCAGUGGGAGCUGGCUGAUGACUACCCCUCGCUGCAGGCCAUGGGCUGGGCCAACAACGAAGUGGGCUCCAUGAGGAUCUCGGGUGGCGCCUGGGUUUGCUACCAGUAUCCCGGGUACCGUGGCUACCAGUACAUCCUGGAGGCUGACCACCAUGGAGGAGACUACAAGCACUGGAGGGAGUGGGGCUCGCACGCCCAGACCUCCCAGAUCCAAUCCAUCAGGCGUGUCCAGCAGUAGCUCCCCACUUCCCACUACAUCUUUGCAAGGUUUCUAAAGCUCACCGGCUCCCUUUUGGUGCUAAUACUCCCCUCCCAAAAUAACCCUUCUUGUACUGCAUCUGCUUAUGGAACAACACUCCCCAACGGUACCGACUGCCACAACUGCCAAUAAAUGUGACUGAAAGA